AUGAAGCGAACCUGGCUAGUUUCCGAUGGCACGGACUGCAACAUUUUUGAUUAUUUAGAAGAGAUUAACGAAAACCUAAUGUUCAGAUCUCCGUAUCGUCAUUUAAUAUUAUUAUUCUAUAAGGAAUAUGAGUUUUUCCUGGAGGCACUGCAGAACUAUGAAAUCCUACCUAUGAGUGAAGUACUACUUGCUUUAUUUGGAGAUGAACAGAUAUCUUUGUUCUUUAUUUAUAAAAUCAGAAACGAAAGUGAUCCAGUGAUAGAGAAUUAUGGAGUAUGGACUGAGGAAUACGGCCUUAAGUUAUUAAUGGAGCCACAACUUCCAAUUAGUAGCAGAAGAAGAAACUUUAGAAAGCACCCAAUAAAAUAUGGAACAGUAAUUUUUAAAGACCGAAGUGUUCUAAAUACUAAUUUCGACGACAUUCUGGAAACACCAGAAUUCUAUUUUCAACAGGAAAUGCCAAUUUUCUAUAGUCUAUUCCAAGCCCUCAACGCCACAAUAGAGAUUAACAUCUACAAUUACCACGGCCACGGUGGCAUUAACAAAUCAACUGGAAAGCUUAUCGUUGAUGGAUUGGUCGGUGAUUUAUACAGGAAAAAGAUCGAUAUAAGCUCUGGUUUGUAUGUAUCGGGGCCACGACUGGAUUUAUUGAAACCUUUAUCUCCCGUUGACUUUUGGGGCUUAAAAUUUUUCUUGAAGAAACCUUCUCUUAGCUCCGUGAAGAAUAUUUAUAUUUUGACGCUUUCAAGAUCAGUUUGGAAAGCAUCUUUUGCAAUGGUAGUAUUAUUUGUUGCUGCUAUUUACCUAGCUUUAAAACUCGAGUCUAAUACAUCUACGAGCAAAGAGAAAAAUGAGCAAGGCAUGUUAAUGCAGGACAUAAAUAUCAGUACCAUGGUUCUGCUUUGCUUUGAAGCUGUUGGACAACAAGGUUAG